GUGGGAUUAGAAAAUUUUAAGGUGGAAAGUCCCGUCGGAUCUCAAACUGAUCUACUAGACCAUUGAACAAAGUCCAUGAACCAUGAUCUGUCGGAUCAGGAAACGAUACGGCAUCAGCGUCCUAUCGAUGAUCAGGCAACAGAAGUCGAAGUCAUUGAGGCGGAUUUGAAACUGUCCGAGUCCAGAAAAGAACGAUUGCCACGGCACGAAUUUCGAAAAGCUAAAAAGCUAGAAAGUCGAAGAAAACACCGGCAGGCCGUUGCAAAAGAGAGAGAGAGAAGAAAGAAACAAAAAAAAGAGCAAGAGAAGGACAAUCACGCCGAAUAUCUUGAACAGAAGAAUUCUUGGCUUGCAAAGGAAGCCCUGUUUGACAAAAUCAAAACCGCAAAACGAAAAGCACAUGAAUUCGAAUUACAAGCAGCACAGAACAUGAAGGCGUCAAUAGCACGAGCUGUUUCCGCUAUGCCUGUAGAACAACAUGCACCAAGGUACCAAGCUCCCCAAAAAGAUCCAAAACCCAAGAUGCCAAAGAUAUCCAAAAUGCCUGUAUUCAUUGCAAGCCAAAGCACAUCAUCCGAUCCGCAAGCUGACUAGCGCAUCACCAACCUCAUAUAUCCUUUACCCUACUUUUUAAUGUUCGCACUUGAAAACCAGUCGUUAUUGCUUGGCAUUGUCACCUUUGUCAAUCUUGCUAUUCACUUAGGACUUUACCACUGUUCUA